UUUCUUUUUAGUUCUCAGCAAGCUGCAAGAGGGCAGUAGGACCCAUAGGAGCUCUGUAGAAACUGCAAACAACAGACGUCAAGACUGGAACUAGAGUGGAACUGAUUGUUAGGUGUUUGGUCCAAACUAUUUAGCAUCACAUCUCUGAGAGAAAGAGAAAGAGAGAGGAGCUGGCACUCUCAGAAAAACAAUCAACUGAAGAAUCUGGGUCAGACUGAAGUUGCUGGGGCCCCAGCUCCAAACAGAGGAACUCUAGAAAAUCUCCCACUCUUGGAAUGUGGAAAGAAGCUUUGUCUCCGUUUUAAGCACGAGCAUACAGGGCGGAAUGCAGUUAGACAAGGACUGGAUCCAAGUUCCGGUGAGAUUGGGAACCCCAGAGCCCUUUCUGCUCAAAAACCCAGCUGGAAGCCCGAGCUGAGACUACAACAUGAGCUCCAACUUCCAGCUGCCCCGUCCUUUGAAGAGAGCCCAGCACUUGGCCGGCUGCAGGACUGUGAGAGUGGCUAUUCUGGGCCAAGGGGCUGUGGGGAAAACUGCAAUCACUGUCCGGUUCAUAACUAAAAGAUUCAUUGGAGAGUACGAUCCAACUUUGGAAACAAUAUACAGACACGUGUCCUCAGUGGAUGGGGAAUGUGUGCAGUUUGAAGUUCUGGAUACUGCGGGACAGGAAGAGGACGCAAUGCUAAUCGAGGAAAAGAUUAAGUGGGCCGAGGGCUUCAUCAUUGCCUACUCGGUGACAGAUCGGUGUAGCUUUGACGAGGUUCUCAGACUCCGGUUCUUGAUCAGCCAUGUCCACUCCGGCUUGAAGCGGAGUCACAAUGAUGCCCCACCCCCAGUGGUGAUCGUCGCCAACAAGAAGGACCUUCAGUACGACCGGAUGGUGACCACAGAGGAGGGUGAUGGCAUCGCCCGGGCACUCAAAUGCCCCUUCUUUGAGAUCUCGGCCCGGGACAGCUACGAGGAGACGGUCGGCGUCUUCAAUUUGCUUUACCGGGAGAUGGCGACCAGUGGAGCACUGUCAACCUUCCGGCGGAAAGUCUCUUCGAAACUGAUGGAUAAGAUACCCAGGAUCCCUUCAACCACCACCAUGAGCUUGUCCACACGGAGUUUCAGCUUGAGUUCUGUGAAGGACUUCUUAACCGAUUAAGCUGGCAUCUUGUGGAACGGCUAUCCAAAAGACUCAUCUCUGUUUGGCCGGCUGGAGCAGCCCAAAGUAACUUGCAGCCAGUGAAGUACUUUUUGAAGAGCAGUCACUGUUUAUAAUAUAGGAAACAGUGGCAAGCAUCUUUGGCACAGCAAGUUCUCUCAAACUGUGACAUGAAACAGAUGUUGGUUAAGGGCUAAAUAUGGGCCAGAAAGAAAUCCUCUACUCUUCUCCACAUUGCAAGGGAUCAUUUAUAGGGCCUCAGUUUGAAGUCUCAUCUUGAAAUUGGUUGCUGUGGAGUCAGGCUGAAUCAUAGAGCUUUUUCUGCUGACCCUCAGUAUGGGAACAAUAGUUAAUUUCAAGGCUUGCAGGACACAGAGGUUCUCGAUGAGCAGAAUGGCCUCCUGUAUUGCAAUGACUAGGACUGGGAGCCAUUUAUUUGUUUUUAAAAAGCAGAGAAAUUGAAAAUAAAGCCCACAGGAUAACAGAUGCCUUACAGGUAACUUCACAAGUCUGUUGAACUGGUUUAACAUUCGUGAAGUGGCUGAACUACUUCCCUUUUCUCUAUCCCUCAGCUGUAUAUAUGCAAAAAUUUGCAGGUGGUUGAUAGAAUUUAUAUAUUGCUGUUUACUGGAUAUGAAUAAUAUAUGCCAAGAGGGCAGAGGUAGAGACUAGAGUCGGCUCUCAAAUUGCAGGAGUCACCCAGUUGAAUUUUUAUGUCAUUUCCUGCAGUGAUGUCACAUUCAUGUUGGGAAAUUCCACAAAAUUAACAAACUUUAGUUUCAGUGGUAAAACUGAGGAGGAGUAACUAACCUUUCUUUUUAAACUGACUGUUACGGAGAAAGUGAAGGGGAUGCAUGCAAUAUACGCUUUCAUGGAGAACUGACAGGAGGUGGAAUGGUCUUCUCUACAGGGAGUUUUACACAGCGGACUGCAUCCUACAUUGAGCAGGAGCACAAGUUAUGCCAUAGUUACCAAAUGUAAUUUAUAUACACGGACAGAAGGUGAAUUUUUUUUUAAAAAUCCCUUCAUUUGAUGUGGGCAUCACUGGCUAGGCCAGCAUUUAUUGUUUAUUUCUAAUUGCCUAGAGGGCAAUUGACAAUCAACUACAUUGCUGUGGAUCUGGAGUCACAUGUAGGCCAUGGUAAGGAUGGCUGUUUCUUUCCCUAAAGGACAUCAGUGAACCAGACAGGUUCCAUACCCCCACCGCCACCAAUUGCGAUUUGUUUCAUGGCCGUCAUUAGAGAUUCAAUUCCAGAUUUUUAAUUGAAUCCAAAUUCCACCAUCUACCAUGGUGGAUUUGAAUGGUGUCCCAAGAUCAUUGCUCGUGUCUCUGGAUUAGUAGUCUAGCGAUAACACCACUAGGUCAUUACCCCUCUUAAUAGGGGAAGGCAGAGCAGCUAGUGGAUAGAAAUGGGUGCAUAUUAGAUCCCACAUUUACCAUAAACAAAUUUCUCUCACUGUCAGUCUGAGGGUGUCCAUUCCCAGAUACAGAGGAACUAGGAGUAGGUGUAGGCAAUUUGGCCUAUCAAGCCUCCUCUGCUUUUCAGUAUGUUCAUGGCUGAUUUUCCAUCUCAAGGUCAUAUUCCCACUUUUCCCCAUCCCCAUACCCAUACCUGCUGAUGCCUUUAGAAUCUUAAAAUAUUUUCAGUAACUACAGAGGUACUCCUGAAGCUGGGCCGACAAAGAAUGCGGCUUAAUCCAAUUAAGGCAUUACAAUUCAUUACAUCUGAGAUCUUUUGGCACAGUGGGCAACAUUCCUAUUUCUAGACCAGAGGCUCUGGGUCUGCAAGUUCCAUGCCAGGACAAGUUAUGUGUGCACCUCCCACAGCCAACAUGGCCAAACAAGUUGACUGUCAGCCUGUAAAUACACCCAAUGGUUGGGAGUAAGAGUGGGAGAGUCACCCGAGCAGCUAUCCUGCAAAAGGCAAACCAUGGCAAGCACUUCACCUGCAAGUGUGGACUAAUCCAAUGAAAAUCAUUGGUCCAACCCUGGGAAAUGAGAAUGGGAGAAAAGGCAAACUACCAACAUGGGGAGGGUAGGAAAGAGAAAAAAAAUUAGUAGGUAGAAGUCAUUCAUUACAAUUGAGAGAAAAGACUUGAUUAAGAGAUAUGUGUUAGUUACAUCAAGGAGAACGGGGAGCUCCUCUAAAGGCAAUGGGAAUACAACAUAAACACAAGCAGCAAGAUUUUGUUCCAAAGUUUAAUAUAAAAAAAUUCUGUACACUGGCACAUGUUAAUACCACCACUAAACACGGACAAAAUAUUUCACAUAAAUCAGACAGACGACACGAGUGUUAAAUUAACUCACAUUUGAAAGGACUGCACAGUACACAGAGGACAAGCCAUUUGCAUUUAACAUCUGCUUUUAAAUUGCUGCAAAACUGAAAAAAUAGAAGUUGUUCUGAAUUGUUUAAGCUUGUUAUUAAAAAAAAAUUUAAAAACCCA